AUGCCACACAUAGACCAAAAACUCUUCCAAGCCUUCCUCCGUCGCCAAUCCCGACGUGACCAUCCCUACCGACGAGGCAGGAAGCCUCGAUCCCCAUCCGCUUCUCCCACCAUCACCGUCGACGGCCAACAAACCGACUCCAACAGCAGCACUUCCCCAGGCUCUGAUGAAAGCCACAACCAACCACCGUACGGGUACCAAGCCUCGCAUAUUCAUGUGCUCGAGCGACAGGCGCAAGCCCUGGAAUGCAUCGCCGAGAUCCUCCAUCACAAAAUGACUUUCGAUGGAUACCCUCCUCUUCCUGCACCGCCAUCUCCUCCCCCUCCCCAACCCCAACCCCAGCUCCAGCUCCAGCUCCAGCCCCUAAAGAUGAAUGGGAAUGAGAAUGAGAAUGGGAGUUGGGUAUGGCAAAGCAAAGGGAAAGAGGCAGGCAAAGAGAAAGAGAAGGACAAGGACAAGGAGAGUGUGAAGGGGAAAGAGCCAAGGAAGAAAACGGGAAAAGCAAAAGCAAAAGACCCCAAGCCCAAGCGCAUAAUCAAGCAAGAACCCCACGACUCCAACAUCGACGUACCCGCGGCGAUCGCCCUAGGCUACGAAACGAAACGAAACGAAACGACGGGGACUGGGGACACUGGCCAUCAAGGUCGUGGGGUCGUCGAUGCUUAUAUUGACCGCAACAAGCUUCGUCCGACGAAUGAGCAUCCAUCCAUUCCCCUUUUUUUCGCAUCUGGCAUCUGCGUUUGUUUAGAUUAG